CACUUGCUACUGGGUGACUGCGCAGCUGCCAUGUUGGUUGCUAUGCUGCUGCCUGUCUGAGGGCAGGCGGGAGAAAAGGAAGGAGGGAGGCUGGCUCUGGGGAGGGGAGAAAGACGGAGGAGGCGGCAGCACCAGCACCAACGAUUGCUGCCAGUCCUCGCUCCCCCCUUCUUUUCUCAGCGCAGACAGGCAUUACCCUGCUGGAUAGCUACCGCCUCCCCCCUCCUCACCCUACGGCUCCAGGAGAAGGAAGAGAGAGAAGAGGAAGAAAUCCUCCUUGGGGGUGGGUGGGGUAAGACGGGGGUGCUUUUCCCUCAGGGAGGCGACGACUGAACCCCCAUUCCUCUCCUCGCUCGAUUUUCCCCUGUGGCUGGGGAGGCGGGAAGACUCGGUCGCCUUCCGCGUCUCCUCUCUCCAGAUCUCUCCCCAUCCUUGCCUUUUCUGCUUGCAGUAGGAAUGUGGGGGGGCCUUGAGUUGAGAGUGGGGCGCUCGGUGCAACGGCUGCUGGUGAUCCCCCUUCCUUUUUGCCUGCUGCUGCGUGGUGGUACAAGAACUAAAUUGAACUGAGCAGAGGGCUUGAACUCACCCUUUGGGGGGGUAAAUACCCCCCUCCUUUUCACUUUACCUUUCGGGCUCCUCUUCCUCCCUUUGAGUUGGUUGUUGCUUCAUUAUCGUUCUCUGGAAGGACGUGGCUGUUAUAUGAAGACGCUGUGUGGACAGUAAUGACUGGACGUUUCCGAUUGCCUGCUGGCAGAACCUACAAUGUACGAGCAUCUGAGCUGGCACGAGACAGACAGCAUACAGAGGUGGUCUGCAAUAUUCUUCUUCUGGAUAAUACUGUACAAGCAUUCAGACUUAAUAAACAUGAUCAGGGGCAAGUUCUGUUGGAUGUAGUUUUCAAACAUCUUGAUCUGACUGAGAGAGACUAUUUUGGUUUACAAGUGGCUGAUGAUUCUACUGAUAACCCAAGGUGGCUGGAUCCAAACAAGCCAAUUAGGAAACAGUUGAAAAGAGGAUCACCCCACAAUUUGAACUUCAGAGUCAAAUUUUUUGUAAGCGAUCCUAGUAAGCUUCAAGAAGAAUACACACGGUACCAGUAUUUUUUGCAAAUUAAACAAGAUAUUCUUACUGGAAGAUUGCCCUGUCCUUACAAUACUGCUGUACUCUUGGCUUCCUAUGCUGUUCAGUGUAAGUACAUACCUGAACUGGGAGACUACAACCUUACAGAUAACUUCCCAGGCUACCUCUCAGAUUACUCUUUCAUCCCUGGCCAGCCUCAAGACUUUGAAAAAGAAAUAUCCAAACUACAUCAGCAACAUAUAGGUUUGUCUCCAGCUGAAGCAGAGUUUAGUUAUCUCAGUACAGCCCGAACCUUAGAACUCUAUGGAGUUGAACUGCACUAUGCAAGGGAUCAAAGUAAUAAUGAAAUUAUGAUUGGAGUAAUGUCAGGAGGCAUACUCAUUUAUAAGAACAGGGUACGAAUUAACACCUUUCCAUGGUUGAAGAUCAUAAAAAUUUCUUUUAAGUGCAAACAGUUUUUCAUUCAACUUAGAAAAGAAUUGCAUGAAUCUAGAGAAACUUUAUUGGGGUUCAACAUGGUGAAUUAUCGAGCAUGUAAGAAUUUAUGGAAAGCUUGUGUAGAACAUCACACCUUUUUCCGGUUGGACAGACCACUGCCACCUCAGAAGAACUUUUUUGCACAUUAUUUUACUUUAGGAUCAAAGUUUCGGUACUGUGGGAGAACAGAGGUCCAGUCUGUACAGUAUGGCAAGGAAAGGGCAAACAAGGACAGGGUGUUUGCCAGAUCCCCAAGUAAACCUUUGGCUCGCAAAUUGAUAAGUGGGAUGGACUGGGAGGUUGUCAGCAGAAAUUCAUUGUCUGAUGACAGGUUAGAAACUCAAAGUUUACCAUCCCGUUCUCCACCUGGAACCCCUAAUCAUCGCAACUCCACAUUUACUCAAGAGGGAAACCGUUUACGGCCAUCUUCAGUUGGACAUUUAGUAGACCAUGUAGUCCAUACUUCACCCAGUGAGGUAUUUGCAAAUCAUCGGUCGCCUUCUUCUACACAGGCCAAUAGUAUAAUUCUAGAAUCAUCACCAUCUCAAGAAACCCCUAUAGAUGGCCAACCACCUGCACUGCCACCUAAACAAUCUAAAAAGAAUAGUUGGAACCAAAUUCAUUAUUCACAUUCACAGCUAGAAUUGGAUAACCAUAUAAAUGAAACAUAUGAUGAUUCUUCCUCAUCUCCUGAAAAAUCUACUCCAAAUGGUGGGAUUCCUCAUGACAAUCUUGUUCUGAUUAGAAUAAGACCUGAUGAAAAUGGCAGAUUUGGUUUCAAUGUAAAGGGUGGAUAUGACCAGAAGAUGCCUGUCAUAGUGUCUAGGGUGGCCCCUGGAACACCUGCAGAUGUUUGUGUCCCUCGUUUGAAUGAAGGAGACCAGGUCGUACUGAUCAAUGGCAGGGAUAUAUCAGAACAUACCCAUGAUCAAGUUGUUAUGUUUAUUAAAGCUAGCUGUGAGCGGCACUCAGGGGAACUUGUACUCCUAGUUCGACCCAAUGCUGUUUAUGAUGUCGUAGAAGAAAAGCUAGAAAGUGAGCCAGAUUUCCAGUACAUACCUGAGAAGUCCCCACUUGAUGGAGUUCACCAGGAUGACAAUGUUCUGAGAGAAUCAAUGUUUCAGCUAGCAGAAGGGCUUAUCACUGGAACAGUCUUGGCUCAGUUUGAUCAACUUUAUAGGAAGAAGCCUGGGAUGACAAUGUCUUGUGCCAAAUUACCUCAAAACAUUUCCAAAAAUAGAUACAGAGACAUUUCGCCUUAUGAUGCUACACGGGUCAUUUUAAACAGUAAUGAUGAUUACAUCAAUGCAAAUUAUAUAAAUAUGGAAAUUCCUUCUUCUAGUAUAAUCAAUAAAUACAUUGCUUGUCAAGGUCCUCUACCCAACACUUGCCCAGAUUUUUGGCAGAUGACCUGGGAACAAAGUUCAUCUAUGGUGGUUAUGUUAACCACUCAAGUGGAAAGGGGCAGAGUAAAAUGUCAUCAGUACUGGCCUGAGCCUGGUGGAAGCUCCUUAUAUGGGAAUUUCCAAGUCACCUGUCAUUCAGAAGAAGGAAAUCCUGCCUAUGUCUUCAGAGAGAUGACAUUGUUUAACUUGGAGGUGAGACAUUCUGUCUAAUUGAUUCAACUUUGUUAAAUCCACAAACUGAAGGCAACUUGCCAUAUAAUUUCAUUUCUGCCAUAUAAUUUUGACUAUUUU